AGCAGCUGAACAGCAGCAGGAGGAGGAGGUUCUGGGGAAUAAAUGAGCGGACCAAGAGCGACGGAACACGAAAUGAGAGCGGCCGCAGAUCCAAAUUCUUCCUGAGCUGCAUGUUACAAUGGAGCCACAGAACAGCCACCAGACCACGGUGGAGAACCAUGAUCACCUGUGUGAGCCAGUCCCGCCGGAGGAUCAGGGCCCCAAAACAGUCGCAGAAACUUCAGUAGCGACGCAGAAACAGACUUUUGAACGCAAAAGCUUCAAACACAAAAAUCCGACGGGCUGCGGGUUCCGCUGCUCCAUGGCAAACUUUCGCGUGGAGAGGAAGAUUGGACGUGGUCAGUUCAGUGAGGUCUACAGAGCCGUCCGCCUGCUGGACCGACAGUCUGUGGCUCUUAAGAAAGUCCAGAUCUUUGAGAUGAUGGAUGCAAAAGCUCGCCAGGACUGCAUCAAAGAGAUUGACCUUCUAAAGCAGUUGAACCACCCCAACAUUAUCAAGUACCUGGACUCCUUCAUCGAAGACAAUGAGCUCAACAUCGUUUUGGAGCUGGCAGAUGCUGGAGAUCUGUCCCAGAUGAUAAAGUACUUUAAGAAGAAGAGGAGACUAAUCCCUGAAAGGACCAUUUGGAAAUACUUUGUGCAGCUGUGCAGUGCCCUGGAACACAUGCAUUCACGCAGAGUGAUGCAUCGCGACAUCAAGCCAGCCAACGUGUUCAUCACAGCCACAGGGGAGGUGAAGCUGGGCGACCUCGGGCUUGGGCGCUUCUUCAGCUCCAAAACCACGGCAGCACAUUCUUUAGUGGGAACGCCGUACUACAUGUCACCUGAAAGGAUCCACGAGAACGGAUACAACUUUAAGUCUGAUAUCUGGUCUUUGGGAUGUCUCCUAUAUGAGAUGGCAGCACUGCAGAGCCCCUUCUAUGGGGACAAGAUGAACCUGCUGUCUCUCUGCAGAAAGAUUGAGCAGUGUGAUUACCCUCCACUCCCACCUGACCAGUACUCUGACAAGGUGUUUUAAAUAUAAAACAUCUGCUGACUUCACAAGAAAGACCUGUUCAACUGUCAGUACAACAAACUACUGUAACUGAAUCAAAAGGAUUCUGAAGUGUUGGCAUCCUGAGCUGUUUCCACUGACUUUUCUGUUAUUCUCCUCCACCGGCGUCGACUGAAAUGCAUGAAAACGUUUCACUUCCAUCUAAAACAGUUGUUCAUUCUUUGUUCAGAGGUUAAGUCUGGAUUUCUGUGGCACAAAGUCAAGCUUUUUUCCAAGACAUAAAUGUUUGUUUUUUUCCUGAUGAGAUCCUGAAACUAGAAUCUAAAUCUAGAUAAGUGAUCCUGAAAGGAUCCAAGUGAUGUUAAGCCCUGCUGCUCUCUGACCUUAACUGGGACUGGGAGUUGCUGAUGUCAGCUGUGCCUUCAGAAGAAGACACUAUGUGGCUGAAAUUGUUUGGAAUACUUGUCUAUAAAAAGCUGAACCUUCUCCUCAAACCUCAACUCGAUGUCUCAGACUGAAGGAAAGGGUGGCCCCUUCCAGCUGUCAGUCUUGCAAAAUUAGUCCAAAUCAAAUCAAUCAGGGUUUUUAUGUAGCAUAAAGUGCUGCAGAAUAUGAAACCUAAAAAAUACUUAAAAAUAAAAAUGAAACCUCCCACCCACAAAACAUGAGGGAAACAUUGAGCAUUAGAUUGAACCAUUGACUGUAUAUGAGAACUGGACCCAGCCUUCCAAACAGGAAGUACCUGCUGGCUCCAAGAAGUCAAAAACCUGUAGACUUACUUCUGUAGAGAAAAGAAUAGUCAUUCUAUUGAUCAGAGUAACCGUUCUUCCUCCGACACCUUUUUUAAAAUCAUGAUCUUGAUUCAAGCGGACCAG